GUCCUCGUCGAGGCCCAUGGAAGCGAGCCUCAUGGACGACCUCGAGAGCCAAGCGCGGACGUCCUUGAGCCUCUUUAGCUUCGGCGACGUCGGCGAGUACACGCUGCUGUCGCAGUCGACCAACAGCGCGGCCAAGCUGCGCCUCGAAGAGCGCGUGGUCAAGCGGGGCGGCGAGACGACCUUGUACCUGGUGCGGUCGACGGUCUUUGUGGCCGCCGAGCUCCACGAGCUCCUUCCGAUCCUCAUCAACUCGGAGAAGACGGCCAUGAACGACGCGGUCCAGUUCUUCUUUGGCGGCAAACACCGCCAUUGCACCCAAGUGUUUCGGCAGAAGCGGGACACGGGCGUCGCGAGCCUCAAGCGCGUGAUUGCCGACCAGGGCACGAUCCUCAAGAGCCGCUGGCAGUGCUCGUUCCUCGACUUCGAAGGCACGCUCGUGCCCGACUGGCGCGACGACUACGCGGCGCAGCCCAAGCCCGACAUGUUUGUCCGCGUCAUGCAGUCCUCGUCGCUGCUCGAUGACCCACUCAUGCACCCACUGCCCGCGAAUACGAAGCUCAAGUCGAUCUCGCCGCGCGGCGUCAUGGUGCGCAAGGUCCCCAACCCGUCCUCGAACCCGUCCGACGCGCCGCUGGGUGUCGAGGUGCAGUUUGUUGUCUCGUUCCUCGAGACGGCGCUCAUCAACCUGCCGCGCCGGAGCCGAUACCAAAAGCUCGUCGCGCAGAUGGCCAAGCUCGAAGACGUGGUCGUGAGCCGCCGUCUAAGUCGGACGUUCCGCGACCGGAAGCUCAACCCGCUCCACCCGCAAAUCCAAAACUGGGUCGCCAACGACAACCGAACCACGUGCCACAUCUGCGACGCCAAAUUUCACUUUUCAAAGCGGCGCCACCACUGCCGGCUCUGCGGCGAGAUCGCCUGCGAUGCGUGCUCGCCCAAGAUGGAAGUCUGGCUCCCGUACAAGUCGGCGCCGACCGCCGUCCGCAUCUGCACCGACUGCGUCCACGCGCAGCAAGCCGACGACGACGACGACGUGGCCACCGCGACACUCGCCAAGUCGAAGAAUGUCUCGGUCUUUGAUACGAUCUACGACGCCAUGUACUGCAACAACCAGAGCUUCAAGGACCGCCCGGUCGAGCGCGACCUCCGGGGCACCGCGUCGUCGUCGCCGUCGUCCUCGAGCGAGCUUGGCGACGAUAUCGCAGAGAGCGUGUCGCUCCUCGACCUGAAUCUGCACCUCGCGCCGCCGCAGGACGAGACGGGAGAUGUGUGCAAGUGCUGCCGCGACCUCCUCGGUGCUGUCCGGUAUGGCUGUUCCAUGUGCACGGGUGUCGUCUGCGGCGCGUGCAAUCUCCAAGUGCACGGCAACGACGGCGUCGAGAACCUCUGCCGCAUCUGCGUCGGGAAGGACUCGGUCACGCAGCUCCUCACACGCUCGGACAAGGGUCUCCGCCACUCGAUCAACGUCGGCGGCUUGGACGGCCGCCGGCGCAGUAGCAGCAGCAACGCCGUGCUCUCGCAGUCGGCUCGUCCGCACCGGUCGCGUCUCUCGUCCGUCUUUUCCAACACGGACCCGUCCCGGCACCUCACGUCGUCGCCGCCCACGUCGUGGGUCAUCUCCUAGUCGCGCGCGUUUGUUUUCGUUUGUGUUUUAUUUAAUUUUCAACCAUUUGCGUUGCAUGCGGC